UGCAUUAAUGCUAUUGUCAAUUUGUUAUAAUUUGUUAAAUACUUAAUUUUAAACUAGAUACUAGAUAGUUGAUACAAGUUUGAUAAUAUUUUUGUGUUACUGAUUCUGUUUUUGAAACAGAUUUGACAAUGAAUGAUCCAUCCUCACAUGCAUCUGUAAACCCAACAAACACAAACACUAAUACAAUAUCAUCUAAUGCUGGAACUGGCAUAAAAUGUUUAAAUGGAGAUAUGGCAUGGGAAUGGGGAGAGUGGAGAGAUCCCUUGAAAAAACAAACCAUUUGGUGCACAUUAUGUGGUAAGAAAAUAAGUGGAGGAAUCACACGAGUUAAGCAACAUCUUACUCAUACCGGAGGACAAGUCACCGUUGUCCGAAUGUGACUGUGGAUAUCCAGAAGAGAGUCAUGGCAUCAAUGAAACAAAAAGAUAGGAUAAAUAUAGAAAAGAAAAGAAAUACACAAAUACUUAGAUCAAGCACGGUUGAUCUUUCUGAUGAAGUUGAGGAUGAAGAAGUUGAUGUUCAAGAAGUUAGUGUAAAAAGAAAUGUUUCAAAAAAGAAAAAUUUUGUGGGUUCUAGCAACGUGAGAGGGCCUAUUGAUACAAUGUUUCCGAUUAAUCAAGAAAAAACAAAGCAAAUUACAUUGGAUAAAAAUAAUCCAAUAAAAGAGAAGUUAAAGAUGAAUGUUUGGGAUAAAAUUGCAACUUGGGCUUAUUCGGUUGGUUUACCCUUCAAUGCCGUGUGUGACGAAAGUUUCCAAGAUAUGAUCAAUUCAAUUGGAGAAUACGGAAGAGGUAUGCCAGCUCCAUCUUAUCAUAAUAUUUGUGUCACACUGAUGAAAAAACGUUUAGAAGAUACUCAAAAGUUUGUGGAUUCGUUCCGACCACAUUGGGAGGAAUAUCAGUGUAGCAUUAUGUCUGAUUUUUGGACAGACGGGAAAGGAAGAUGUUUGAUAAACUUCUUAGUUAAUUGUCCUCUUGGAACGAGUAUCCACGAGAAUCGACAUCAUAUUCAAGUAUUGUUUGUUUCUGAAGAAUGGAAGAAAAGUGACUUUGCAAAGAAGGCAGUUGGAAAGAAAGUCGAGCGAAUAGUGGCAAGAAAGGAAUUUUGGGAUAACAUACACUUAGUUUGUAAAGUGCUAGCUCCUUUGGUAGAUGUUGUCAGAUUGGUUGAUACAGAAGAGAAGCCAUGUAUGGGUUACAUCUAUGAUGCAAUGGAUAAAGCAAAGGAGCAAAUCAAGACAAAUCUCACUUGGAUGCCUAAUGAAAGAAUGAUCACUAGAGUUUGGGCUAUGAUUCAAACAAGAUGGACUGACCAACUUCAUCAUCCAUUACAUGCAGUUGGAUGUUACCUGAACCCUGCCAUUUUUCAUGGGGAAAAUUCAAGGGAGAUACGAAAGAACAGAGACAUUGCGACAGGACUUUAUGUUGAAAUUGAUCGUCUAGUGCCUGAUAAUGAUGACAAUGAUAAACUGAGGCAGGACUUGAACUUAUACAUUAAUUCAAUUGGGCAAUUUGGAUCUUCAACUGCUAUAAGGGCUAGAACGAAAGUUGCACCAUAUAUAUGGUGGCGUACUUAUGGCAUCGACACACCUUUGCUCCAAACAUUUGCUAUCACAUUCCUUAGUCAAACGUAUAGUGCUUCACCUUGUGAACGCAAUUGGAGUGCAUUUGACAAUCUACAUUCAAAGAAAAGUAAUUGUCUUUUACAACAAAAGCUCAAUGAUCUUGUAUUCAUCCAAUACAACACAAGGUUACAAAGACGCUUCAACUCGUUAAAAGCCAACAGAUCUUUGGAUCCUAUUUUGUUGAGAGACGUAGAUGAAAAUGAUGAUUGGGUUAUACCAACAGAAGUUGAGCUUCAAGAGUUUGUUGAUGGUAGAGAUGGUCUUCUUUGGUCAGCUGUGCGAGAGCCAAUGGUAGGAACCGAAGAAGUUGGGGUAACUACUAGGAGCAAAAGAGAUCGCUAUAGAGAUGAUGAUGAUGAUGAUGAUGAUAUUCGAGUUGAAGUGGAAGAUCUUGAUGAACAAUUGGAUUCCUUGGGUGAUGUGGGCUCGGAGGAAGAUUUCAUGUCUUACGAUUAG